AUGGCGGGAGCAGUGCGCCAACCCAUCGAUAUUCCGGCCCUGGAACGGUACAUCAGCCAGCAUGUGCCGGAGAUCCAGACCCCGAUUGAUGUGAAGCAGUUCGGCUUCGGUCAAUCCAACCCCACGUACCAGCUCACGGGCGUCAAUGGCCAGAAAUACGUGAUGCGCAAGAAGCCGCCCGGCAAGCUACUGUCCAAGACGGCGCACAAGGUCGAGCGCGAGUACAAGAUCAUCCACGCGCUGGAGAAGACGGACGUGCCGGUGCCCAAGGCGUACUGUCUGUGCGAGGACAGCAGCGUGAUCGGCACGCCUUUUUACAUCAUGGAGUUUCUGGACGGGCGCAUCUUCACCGACCCGGCCAUGCCGGAGGUCGGGCCCGAAGAGCGGACUGCUCUAUGGAAAGACGCGGUGCGCACGCUGGCCAAGUUCCACCGGGUGGUGCCGCGGGAGGUCGGGCUGGAGAGCUUCGGCAAGCCCAGCGGGUUCUACGACCGGCAGAUCGCGACGUUUAAGACGAUCUCGCAGGCGCAGGCGCAGGCGGUGGACGUGGAGAGCCAGGAGCCCGUGGGCGACCUGCCGCAUUUCGCAGACAUGGUGCGGUUCUUCUCGAACAAGGCGACGCAGCCGCGCGACCGCGGCACGCUCGUGCACGGCGACUACAAGAUCGACAACAUGGUGUUCCACAAGACGGAGCCGCGCGUGAUCGGCAUCCUGGACUGGGAGAUGGCGACGGUGGGCCACCCGCUGUCGGACUACUGCAACCUGACCAGCCCGUACUUUAUGGACUUGACGGGGGCGACGACGGCGCAGUUCCGGCCCGGGGUGACGCCGGGGCUGCCGACGCGCGACGAGCUGAUGCGCUGGUACGCCGAGUUCUCCGGGUACGACGUGUCGGCGGAUAUCGUGUGGGGGGAUGCGUUCAUGUCGUGGCGGAGCUCGGUGAUCAUGCAGGGCAUCAAGGCGCGGUAUGCGUUGCGGCAGGCGAGCAGUGCGCGGGCUCACGAGUAUGCGGAGAGAAUGGUGCCGAUGGCGCUGGCGGCGUGGGAGCGGGUGGAGAAGUUGCAGGCGGCGAUGAGAGGGCGAUUGUAG